AUGUAUUUGAUCCAGGAUUCAGAGUCUGAAAUUGAGAACAAGAACAACAACAACCACAACAAGACGUGUCUAUAUGUUCAGCAAUGUCACUGGCGUGUGCCUGGGAGAGAAUUGUCUGGGUUGCCAGGUCUAGAAGAAGUCAUCCUGUCAUCAUGUGGAUUGGAGCAGGUCGAAGCCAAUGCAUUCAGGGUUCAGAAGCAUUUGAAAUGGUUGGAUCUCCAGAAAAACAAGCUUCCCAUCAUCCCUCGUGCCCUUCCCUCCAGCCUUAAGGACCUAAACCUGGGUCACAACCAGAUUCAUACCCUGCAGGAGUCUGCUCUGCACGGCCUGAGGAGACUUCGUGUACUAAACCUGCAGAAUAACCUGAUUACCACAGUGCGCUCCAGCUCCCUCUCGGCACUGCUAAAACUGGAGACUCUGUAUCUGGAUGGUAAUAAAAUUAAAGCCAUACAGGGAGUUCUUAGGUUGCCAGUGCUGACUUGGUUGAGUCUAGCGAAUAAUAAGAUCUCAUCACUCCCAUCAGCUUUCUUCUCAUCAGUACAACAUCUAAAGACUUUAGAUGUGUCCUCAAACCUUCUAACCAAACUUCCUCACAACCUCCCCCAAGCCCUGGUUCACUUAAACCUAAACAGAAAUCAGAUCCGAUCGUUAAAAAACCGUGAUCUGACCCGACUGUCUGAUCUCAGCACUCUGGCAGUCUGCAACAACAGACUGGUGUCUGUAGACAGAGGUCUCCGGCUUCCCCAUCUCACCGUGUUGGAGUUGGCAGGUAACCAGCUGCGAGUGCUGCCCAGCAGGCUGUCUAGUAAUCUUCAGAAGGUGGACUGUGGACAGAAUCAGAUACAGGAAGUGACCUAUCAGCAUCUGUCUGGUCUUAGGCAACUGAGACAUCUCUUUCUGGAGAACAACACCAUCCAACAGUUUGAACCUGAUGCUCUGAAGGACUGUGUUCACCUCACAAACCUGGCUCUGGAGCAGAACCUUCUUUCCACAUUUCCACACGGGCUCCCUGAAUCACUAGUGCGCCUGGAUCUGAAAGCUAACUGCAUUACCACGAUUCAGGAGCAUGCCCUGAAGCCACUCAAGCGCCUUCAAGUGCUGAAUCUGCGCAACAACAGGCUCUCCUCGCUGCCUGCCAUGAGCCUGCUGCCCAGACUGAGAACUCUGUACCUGGAGGGAAACCUGUGGAACUGCACAUGCGAGCUCCUCAAAGUCAAAAGAGCAUUGCUGAAUCGGGACGUGGAUAUGAGUGCCGAAUUCUGCACUGAACCCGUCCAUACCUCACUGGACAUUUGGCAAGUAUACAUCAUGGCCCAAGAGAUGUGUGAGGAGCAGAGCAGAGAGUUCUUACCAGAGAGCCACACAGUAAACACAGACAAUGAGGAGUACGAUGACUAUGACUUAUAAUAUGAAGAGAAAAACAAAAGCCUAGGGGGAAAAAGAUUUCACCUAUAUUACGACAUGAAACCACCAGAGGACGCCAG